UUCGUGCUGUUGUUGUGCCAGCAAGGGGCAAGCCAGGGCUUGUCGGUAAAGUUCUCUCUCAAGUCCCAUGCAAAGAGCGAUCGCAAGCCACAGCCACCGCCUGUCCACCAACACCACCAACACUCCUUGUUCCUUGUCUCUCGCUCUUUCUUGCAGCGCAGACCGCUACCAAGGCCCAUAUCCGUGCAGCAACUACGGGGACUCUGCAACUCUCUCCACUGUGUUGACCCACUCGCUCGCGCCAUCACCAAGUUCCUGGCAGUCUCCGAACUGGUGCCACGGUACUGUACUCCGAACGGUAGGAGUAUAAUAGCAAGCCUUCUUCCCCGAGGGCCAACAUGAAUACACCAAUUCUCGGACGCUCAAUUCACUGACAUUCAUCUGAUCUUACUGAGCCACUGCGGAGGAAAAAAGAGAAAAAGGCUGUGCAAGCAUCACCAACGUCAAAAUUCACCUUGUUUAAUCUACACUCGUUCAACAACAACAGUCCGGACCCGGCCCCUCGAAGUAACUCUCUUACUACUUCUCCCCCCUCCACGAAGUUCAGACAAUCACCCGCCCAUAUUAUUUUUUGCAUGUUAAUGGAAUCCCUGGGAAUUGGAAUGCUGGCGAAGAAAAGUAAUAAAAGAACUCGACCCCUCGUUCACCAAGACAAUUAGCAUCCGCAUUUUGGACUGUCUGGGUUUCAAUUAGCUAGUCAAAGGACUCACGCGACCAAAUUUCCCAUUCACCACCAGAUUAAAUCUCUUUGAAGGAGUUUCUCAGUUCUCUUGACUUCUUCUCGAUUGAAGAAGUUUUCUACAAACAUCAUGGAUAGCUCAAUGACACCACCUUCCGUCUCACGAUCCCGAAGUUCUUCGCUGGACUCUGAGUUCGAUGAAGACUACUUCCUCAAAACCUACGUCCCCCUCUCCAACUUGCCAACCCCACCAUUAUCCUCGCAUUCGACAUCGCAUGUCAAAUCUGCAGAAGAAAAUCUUGCAUUGGGUGAAAACCUGGAUCCGGAUCUCUUGGGUAUGCACUAGAAUCCCUACUUACCCCAGAAAGAUCGAAUUUUCGGGAGAAGUGGAAAGGGAAAAUAUAUUACCAGAAAGGAUGAUGGGCUAAUUUAUAUGAUUUCGCACCAAUUAGGACCCGCGACACAUCUGACGAAUUUGAUACCGGCUCCGGCGUCUUUGACAACCUCCUGUGUUCCGCUCGUCCACGCGAUUCUCACGAGGGCGGAUUUGCCUAUUGAGACGGUGGCAUUAGCAGUGUGUAUCCUCGACUCGCUGAAUUCCCGAUUUGCGCUGGCGUGGCGGCAGGGGCUUCCGCUUUGUGCGUCGUACGAUCAGCAGUUCUAUGAAGAAGAGAGGGAGGAGAAACAACAUAUUGAUUCUGUGCACCCGGAAAUCAUUGUGCUGGCUGCUCUCGCUCUAGCCGUUAAGUUCCUGGACGACAAACAACUCUCAGCGAGAAGAUGCGCGGCGGUCUGGGGAAAGGAUCUUUGGACGUUGGAACAGGUUAACUUUACGCAGAGGGUUGUGCUUGAGAAUUUGGGAUAUCGGAUUCUUCCGCUUUGGAAUGAAGAUAUUAUUCGGGAAGCUCUGGAAGACAUGAGGCGCGCUGGACGAGUGGAGAACCUGGAUGUUCAUGUAGCGGAGAAUUGGGAGGCGGAGACUUGCUGUGGAAGUUUUGAAAAUGGGGAAAUACAACACACUCACCGGAGGACUAUCAGUACGGGUAAAGCUGUGACAGGGAUGGAGCAGUUGAUCACGCCGGAGGAGACUCCUAUGGCUGAGAAUUCGAGAGGCACGAAGGAUAUUUCCUGCGAGACCAGGAAUGCUUUUUCACGGAGUCGGAGUCAGAAAAAGUUCAGGAUGCAGGGUCGUGUUAGUGAUGUGAGUAGUGCAAGCAUGGCGGACACGGUAUGCGACGAUGGAGAAGACGAGCCUUUUCCGGUUUUUGAGGACCCUAUGGUCAUGGGAAUGGAGUAUGUAUUGAGAUGAGGGCAUUCAAAAGUAUUGGUUUGAUCGUGGAUGGCGUUGAGUGAACGGGACUCGGAAAGUUUUAUUCCCAUGAAUGGAGGGACGGAGGAGUUUUUGAUGCAUAGCGUUUUGGCGUUUUAUACCACUCCUUUUUGGGUGGCCCACUCUGGGAGUGAGGCGUUAUGGCAGUAUAGCGUUUACUACAAUACCUAAUGUAUAGUUAUUUCAAUCUCUCGUUCUUGUUCGGUGUUUAUGGAUUUGAUCGUUCAAAUGUUGUGAAUGUGAUAGCUGAAGAAGAAAAGUUUGUUACUAGAUGAGAGGUUCGCACUAGAUUUUGCGAUUCUGUUCAGUGAAUUAGCGCUGCCAUUUAUAUUGGAAUGAGAGGUAGUUAUUGCUCGCAUGACCUCAUAGUGAAUUAUUGCCAUCAAGUCAUGCUGCAGGCUGAGUGAUUGUCUAUGAAUAAAUAAACUUGAUCAUUUGAAACAUAUAUAGCAGUCACUUGUAUAAGAUAGUUGGGAUACUGUAAGACAAUCCCGAUAGGAUACUGAGACUGAGAGAAUGACAGGACCUAGUGAGUGAUGAAGAGGUGGCGAGGGUGAUUGAUGUAUUGAGAUAUUUAUUCACCAUGUUGACGAGAUUUAUCAAGUUGUCUACGUUGAAAAGAAUAUGACAUGCAACACUCUGAAUUUCGUAGGUCGUUAUAUGUAAGCUUCAAAAACUCUCUAUGGACCCAAAAACCCCCGCCAAAAAAAGGAAAAAAGAAGUUCUCGCGUUGACAUAGCAUGGGACAAAGCUUGUUUCCAUCCAUUCCAUAGGGACCUCCGUACCGAGCUACCCCAGAAACUCACCGCUCGAUGACGCAGUUCAUCUGAUGCACGCCAAGUCAUGCAUACCAUCAUCAACGUACAAGCAGCUUCCUACCACAUUUCCAAACCUUCUAGAGUGCUUCUUCUUCCUUGUUCUUGAAACGAAACUUGUCAGGUCUUUUUCGAAGGAUAUUAAUAUUUUUAGUCAAGAGAGAGAAGGGAGAUAUGGCGUCGAUAUUACGACAGAUUGUUGCGGGUCCUAGGUCGAGACAUCCUGAGGCGGGUUUGGAUUUGUGUUAUGGUAUGUUGCUUUCACACUGCUUGGAAAGUUCUGGUCGUUGUUGUAGCCUUGGGAAAGAGAUGGACCUUGGGAUCCUAAUUUGAAUCUUUUAUACUUACUCUUGCCAUAGUUACAGACCAAAUCAUCGCAACCUCCGGCCCCUCAGGAACCUACCCCCAACGCGCGUACCGCAACCCCCUUCACCAACUCGUCAAAUUCCUCGACUACAAACACGGCGAAGAAUGGGCCAUCUGGGAGUUCCGCGCCGAGGGGACGGGAUACCCGGAUAGCGAGGUGUACGGAAGGGUGUGGCAUUACCCUUGGCCAGAUCAUCAUCCUCCGCCGUUUAGACUCGUGCCGAUGAUUAUGGGCAGUAUGAGGAAGUGGUUACAUGAAGAGAAGGCCAAGGAGGAGAAGGAGGGUAAGAAGAGGGUUGUGGUUGUGCAUUGUAAGGCGGGGAAGGGAAGGAGUGGGACGAUGGCUUGCUCGUAUUUGAUUUCGGAGUGUGGGUGGGAUCCCAAGGAGGCGUUGGCGAGGUUUACAGAGAGGAGAAUGAGACCUGGGUUUGGACAGGGUGUUUCGAUUCCGAGUCAGUUGAGGUGGGUUGGGUAUGUUGAGAGAUGGACGAAGUCGAAUAAGAUCUAUGUCGAAAGACAGAUUGAAAUUAUGGAAGUUCACGUUUGGGGACUGAGGGAUGGGGUGAAGGUCCAGGUGGAGGGGUUUGUUGAUCAGGGGAAGACGAUCAAGCUCUUCCAUGUUUUUACUAAGAAGGAGAGGGUGAUUGUGGAGGGCAAUGCGCCUGGUGGUGGUGGGGUCAAGGAUAUGAUUUCUGAUAUUGCGGGACUUGCAAGCGAGAAGCAGCUUGGAAAGUCGAAGACCAGUUCUCAGUUGGAUAUCGACGAUAUCAAAAAACCCACCGCCACUCAAACACUACCAACUCAAGUCGAUAAUACAAAUAGCAGCGCUAUGCCUACACCUUGGAAAAGUAACGACAAACCUAGCCCCCCAGAAAAGAAACAGAGCACCACGUCCGUCGACUCGACUGGUUCGGAAUCAGGCGGCAGCGCGGUCAUCUUCAAACCGUCCACCCGUGUCAUCUUGCCAACUUCGGAUAUCAACAUCGAUUUCGAGAGACGAAACAAAGCAUCCAUGGGUUGGACAAUGGUAACAGCAGUGGCCCACGUAUGGUUUAACACAUAUUUUGAAGGCCGUGGUCCCGAACAAAAUGGCAAGCCUGAUGAGAGUGGUGUUUUCGAGAUUGAAUGGGACAAAAUGGAUGGUAUCAAGGGGAGUAGUAGAAAAGGAACCCGAGCCUUUGAGAAACUAGCCGUGGUUUGGAAAGCAUACAACCCGCCCGGACAAAGAGCCAAGGAAGAAGAAAUUCACGAACCUGGACUUGACAGUCCGGUCCCGCAAAUGGCUCCGGCGGAUUGGAAAGGUGGCAAUGAAACUUCUCCAGAUGUUGGGAAGGAUCUUGGGUUGAGAACUGAAAGUCCAGCUAGCGCGGCAGUCAGUAAGGCGAGCAGUGAGAAGAGCAACCAGAAUGGGGACAGCGACUCGGAGGAAGGUGUGAAAACCUGUGGUCCGGAUGGGAAGGAGGUCGAUGUCAAUGUUGAUGAGCUGCCAUCGAAGAAGGAGGCGGGAGGAAGUACCUCUUCAAAGCCUGAAGUUUCGGUGGGGGGGGUGGAAAGGGGAUUUAAUACUGCUUCUUCAACGACUCCUCAGCGGAAGACCACGGCAGGUCACGAAGGUGAGUAAGUUGAUUCUCCUUCCUUAUACUAUGUGCUUGACAGGGUGGCUAAUAGAUAACUUUAGCCACAAUCCUACCAAAUCCGCAACAGACAUCUCGGAACUCAUAGGAGGGAGUCCGACGGUGUCUACGGGCGACCUUCCAGGUGGCGUGCCGCCGGAGGAGAUGAAGAGUCCUCGCCAACAUGGCUUGGGACAUCUACAGGCUGCGAACAAGCUUAUUAAUUCUUCGUAGUUUGGUGUUGGGAAUGAUUCGAGGAUUUUUGGAUGAUGGAUGGGGAUGGGCAUUGUAGAUAUUAUCAGCGUAGGCGUUGCUUCUUUAUUUUGGGAAUGGAAGACUUGGGGCUUGUGGGUGAGUGAGUGAUUGAUUGGUGGGUGUGCGGGUGUAUGUAGAAUAGAUUAUAGGUAAUGACGGUAUGGGAGACCAAUCAACUUGUGUUUCCU